GUCGACGUUUCCGACCAAUCGGCAGCUGCCAGAUCAUCACUGCCGCGUUUGGGGCGAAGACGAAAUGGCGGCUGCGCGCGGUGGGAAGAGAGGUCUCUUGGAGAAAUGGCGAAUCGACGAGAAGCCGGUGAAGAUCGACAAAUGGGACGGCGCCGCCGUCAAGAACUCUCUGGAUGAUGCGGCCAAGCAGGUGCUGCUGGAGAAGUACGGCUACGAGGAGAACUUCGGGCUGGUGGACGGCCGCCUGGUCAUCUGCACGGUGUCGUGCGUCUUCGCCAUGGUCGCCCUGGUCUGGGACUACUUGCACCCUUUCCCCGAGUCCAGACCCGUCCUGGCCUGCUGCGUGGUCUCGUACUUCAUCAUGAUGGGCGUCCUGACGCUGUACACCUCGUACAAGGAGAAGAACAUCUUCCUGGUGGCCCUCCAGAAGGACCCGGCCGGGAUGGAUCCGGACCACGUGUGGCAGCUUUCGUCCUCGCUCAAGCGGUUCGACGACCAGUACACGCUGCGGGUGGCCUUCGGAGACGGCAAGCGCAAGACGUGGCUCGAGAGCCACGCGACCUCGUCCGUGGCGGCUUUCUUCGACCGCAACGGAACGCUGGCCAUGGACCGCUUUGAGAAGUGCGUGUCGGCGCUUCACGACGCGCUGGCCGCCGACAAGAAAAGCAAAUAAAAGCGCCGCCCGCA